AGGACGGAACGGCAACAACAAACAUGGAGGCGGCUCCGUUCGUCGGCUUCUCUCCGGAGCGCUACUGGACGGAGGAGAAGGAGAGGGCGCUCAUUGCGUUUUUCUCCAAGAACAGUUGUCUUUGGAACCACAAGUCUGAGCACUACAAGAACCGCCAGCUACGAUGGAAAACCCUGGAACACCUGAGAAUCCUCCUGUCCACUCACCCACCUCCUGUUUCUUUCACAGUCGAAGACAUCAAGAACAAGUUCAAGAACCUCCGUACCACCUUCCAGCGUCAGUACAAGAUGGUCAGAGCGAGCAAAGGUUGCAGUUCGGAUGAUGUUUUCGUGCCGCAGUGGAAACACUACCAGCAGCUGAUGUUCCUGCAGGGCUGCUGGGACCAAGACGACGGCAUUGAUGAUCCACCGCUAUCACCGCUGACCAUUCCAGACGAGGAGAACCAGCCGGUCCUCUCCUCUCCAGGACUCAUCAUCUCCUUCCUCCCCACUCCGUCCACCUCCUCCGCCUCCACCUCGUCCUCCUGCAUCCCCUCCAACAUCAUGGUGAAGUGUUACUGGACUGAGGAGAGGGAGCGAGCGCUGAUAUCGUUCUACUCUGAGCACAGCUGUCUGUGGAACAAGAAGUCUGAAAACCACAACAACCGUCAGCUGCGACUGAGGCUGCUGGAGGCUCUGAGGACCCAGCUGUCCGACCACUCGGUGACGUUCUCAGUCGAAGAUGUAAAGUGCAAGUUCAAGAACCUUCGGACUGUGUUUAACCGUGAAUACAAAGCAGUCCAGACCAGCAGGGCGACCGACAAACCCUAUGUGUCCAAAUGGAAACACUACCAGCAUCUGCUCUUCCUCUGCGAGUCAUGCGAGGAAGACGACGCCACAGACGACCUGCAGAUACUGAUGUCGCAGGAGGACAAAGAUCUGGAACAUGGAAACCAGACUCCCUCGUCCACCCUGAGCAGCUUCUCCUGCAGCUCCAACCAAAGCAACAGUGUGAAGCUCAACAACGCCUCCUUUCCCUCCAGCUCCAGCCAGAGCGCCACCAAAACCAACUCCAGUGCUGCGUACCAGAUCUUCCUCUCCACAACCCCGGAUAACCUGAAACUAGCCGAACAAAUGGCAGCUUCCACCCUCCCGUCCUCGCCGUCCAGUUCACUGCCAGACUCCAAACCUUGUGUAAACCCUUCAUCUUUGAAUUUCUCUGCGUCCAGUUCAGUUCAGCCAGACAGCAGACUGAGCGUCGACUCCCGCUGCCUCUGGAGUGAAGCCAAAGUCCAGCAGCUCAUUUCAUUUUACUCCGAACACUGCUGUCUGUGGAACCACAAGUCUGAGAGCUACAGGAACCGUCUGCUGAGACAAAGUCUGUUGGGGACGCUGAGCAUCGCCCUGUCAGACAACGAACCGGUUCCAUUCACAGUGGAAGACAUAAAGACAAAGUUCAGAAACUUGAGAACCAUCUUCCAACGCGAGCACAAAGCGGUGAGCUCCAAUAAAACCUGUGGUUCGGAGGACUUCUACCUCCCCAAGUGGAAACACUACCGUGAGCUCAUGUUCCUGUGCGACUCCUGCGACGAGGACGAGCGGCCAGUUGACCUUCACUUCCACGAACCGCAGGAGCCCCACCUCCUCCACCUGGACAGCCAGGCUCCGCCCCCUUCGCUGCUCUACCACGUUGCCAACCAGACCGCUGCCAAGCUGAACAUCGCGGCCCGGAGCGUCGAAGCCCCACCAUCGCCAACUCCCCCGGACUCCCAGCGCUCCUCGCCGUCCUCGUCCCCGUCCACGUCGUCCUCGCUAACGGACAGCCGGGUGUCUGGACGCAAGCGGGCGAGCCGCCAGGUGUCGCCGACCGCCGACGAGUUUCUAGACUUCAUGAGAACGUUCUGUCAGAAUCAGACGGUGUCGCCGCACACCGGCUUCCUGAGGUACGUGGAGGAGUGUCUGAACGAGACACCGCCGGACAAAGUGAAGAAACUGAAGAAGAAGAUCAUUGAGACGAUUCACAGCAUUUCAGAGGACGCUUAGCGUUUGUUUUAGAGUUUAAACUGCACUCAGUGUAGAGAUUAGAGUCUUAUUCUUAGGACCGACAUUCCUAACAGCUGUGAUGACGUUACUCACAUGCUGUCAUUUCAUUCCAGCUUGCUGACGUCUGACUUUCUGUUCAUUUCGCUUAAGGACGAAUAAGGAUGUUAUGAAAAGACCCAAACUAACAGUGACGUCCUUGCAGUGACCCUCAGCCUCAGGCAGUCUGUUUCCUACUUAAAUGUUUAGAAACGGCUCACAGUAGCUUUUUUUUAUUGAGCAACGUCCACUAUUUACCCUCAAACAAUUGAGAAUUGUGCACAGCCUUGAAAUCACACCAAGAUCCCUGCGAGAACCACGUCAUGGUGGAAUGUCUGUAGCAGUCAGACUACCAGGGCAGAUCAUCGAGAUAUUUGUUUGUCUUUACCGUUGAAAUUCUACGAAUCCUCAAUGCCAAAUUCAGCACCAAAAGACAUAAAUAGAAUGUAUUUCAACAUAAACAAUGUGCUAACGAAGAAACACAACAUUAUGUUUUGGCAGACUGAGUGGUACAAGCUACAGUCAGCUAACAUUAUGAGCCUAAAAAAACUAACUUUAGCCUCUGUCGACAUUGUGCUGCUACAGUUUACAAAAUAAAGUAACGUUUGAGGAUGUCAAAGAGUGACAUGUUAACAACUGAAACUCUCUCAGCACAGGUCCAUGAGUCUGACUUUGGUUGUCUAGAAUUCGUCCCUGAUCGUCCGACUUUAACACUAAAUACUUUCAUACUUGUACUCGCUACGGCCAUUCCACAUGUUAAUGUUCUUUAGUAUAUCCAACAUUUACAGCACCACAGAAAAACAAGAAUUUGGCAUUGACUUAGUACCAAACUGAAGUUCUUGAUUUGUACUUAUGGGGUCUUUCGUAUGAUACAAACCUUCCCAUUUUGGUGAUACACAGGUUUUAUUGCCGAGGACUGUACUAUGAAGCAAGCCGAACAUAUCCAGGCUCCAAAAACUCCAGUCAGGUAAACAAAGUUUUCUUUAUCAGGCUUUUAGCGUGCACAUAUAAAUGUCAUGCGACUCUUCUUCCACACAAAAUGGACUUAAUGUGCCACUUACUUCACUCAACAUGAACACGUUUUUAUAAUGUAGAGCUGUGAGGAAUCUAAACUUUUUUUACGGUUAAAAGUGCAGUUUCUGCAAGAGCAAACUGUUGAUAGAAAACUGUUAAUUGUGGAAAUAUAUUUGUCUUCCCACAUAGUGACUCUCAAUGCAGAUGAUUAUUUCUAACACGACUGAUGCACUUUAGAUCUGUUAAACGUUCAACUUCAUUCAUUCAAACGUGACACUAAUGAUGUGCGUUUAGUCUUAAGUCACUUUAGUUUUUGGAUGAUUGUAUAUUCUCUGUGAUAAAUACCAAUAGAUUGAUCAGUUUUAUAAUCUGUCUUCUAUCAGCUGUGGUUCCAGCAGCAUAUGAUGGUCUUUGCAGUAGGGCUGGUCCUGAAUAUCCGGAUAUCCAAAUAUUCGGUUGUUACGGUGGUAUCCGAAUAUUUAUUUUGAGAUCCGAAUAUUGGGAUUGCGUUUUCUGCAUCUGGAUAUAGGUUCCUGUGGCAACACGAUGCAUAAAGUUUGAGAUUCUGCAACUGUACAACGUUGUUCAGUAGGUUUAAUAACAUACAGUAUAUUGCCAAAAAUAUUCGCUCACCUGCCUAGACUCGCAUAUGAACGUAAGUGACAUCCCAUUCCUAAUCCAUAGGGUUCAAUAUGAUGUCGGUCCACCCUUUGCAGCUAGAACAGCUUCAACUCUUCUGGGAAGGCUGUCCACAAGGUUUAGGAGUGUGUUUAUGUGAAUUUUUGACCAUUCUUCCACAAGCGCAUUUGUGAGGUCACACACUGAUGUUGGACCAGAAGGCCUGGCUCUCAGUCUCCACUCUAAUUCAUCCCAAAGGUGUUCUAUGGAGUUGAAGUCAGGACUCUGUGCAGGCCAGUCAAGUUCAUCCACACCAGACUCUGUCAUCCAUGUCUUUAUGGACCUUGCUUUGUGCACUGGUGCACAGUCAUGUUGGAAGAGGAAGGACCAGCUCCAAACUGUUCCCACAAAGUUGGGAGCAUGGAAUUGUCCAAAAUGUCUUGGUAUGCUGAAGCAUUCAGAGUUCCUUUCACUGGAACUAAGGGGCCAAGCCCAGCUCCUGAAAAACAAGCCCACACCAUAAUCCCCCCUCCACCAAACUUUACACUUGGCACAAUGCAGCCUGACAUGUAUGGUUCUCCUGGCAACCACCAAACCCAGACUCGUCCAUCAGAUUGCCAGAUGGAGAAGCGUGAUUUGUCAUUCCAGAGAAGGCGUCUCCACUGCUCUAGAGUCCAGUGGCAACGUGCUUUACACCACUGCAUCCCAUGCUUUGCAUUGCACUUGGUGAUGUAUGGCUUGGAUGCAGCUGCUCGGCCAUGGAAACCCAUUCCAUGAAGCUCUCUGCUGAAGCACUGUUCUUGAGCUAAUCUGAAGGCCACAUGAAGUUUGAAGGUUUGUAGUGAUUGACUGCAGAAAGUUGGCCACCUCUUGGCACUAUGCUCCUCAGCAUCCACCGACCCCCCUCCAUCAGUUUACAUGUCCUACCACUUGGUGGCUGAGUUGCUGUCGUUCCCACACACUUCCACUUUCUUAUAAUACAGCUGACAGUUGACUGUGGAAUAUUUAGGAGUGAGGAAAUGUCACAACUGGAUUUGUUGUACAGGUGGCAUCCUAUCACAGUUCCAUGCUGGAAUUCACUGAGCUCCUGAGAGCGAGCCAUUCUUUCACAAAUGUUUGUAAAAGCAGUCUGCAUGCCUAGGUGCUUGAUUUUAUACACCUGUGGCCAUGGAAGUGAUUGGAACACCUGAUUCUGAUUAUUUGGAUGGGUGAGCGAAUACUUUUGGCAAUAUAGUGUACAUGUCAACUGAUCUGCAGAUAAAACAUAUUUAUUCAGCUAAGAAACUGAGAAUCAUCAGGAAAACAACUGAUGAUAAACAAAUGAUGAAAGGGAGAUAUUUCUUAAGGAUGAUUUAAAUCCCAAACUUCGAACACGAAGGAGAUGUGUAGCAUCAGGUACCAUGGAGAUCUAGCAGGUUUAAAGAGAUCCACCUUCAUGACAGUAAAAACUCUGACUGUAGACUCAGCAUACCUCAGUAAUCCUGCUUCAUAGUGCAUCCCUGUCACCAUAUUUAGAGCCUAAACAGUAGAAAUGAUGGACAACCUAGAAAAAUAUGUUUCAGGUUGAAGCUAAAAUCGUGUUAGCUGCACUGAGGCUCAUUAAACCAAAAACAAACUGGUCCUCAUGUUCAAGUCUGUGUUGUCUGACUUUUUAGCUUUUGCUGGGCAUUCAGCUUGACGUAACAUUGGACGUUUACACGCCAGUAUUUAGCAUGUUAGCACAUUUUAGGCUUUAACUAAAGUCUAGCCAAGCAGCAGCAUGCUAACAUCAUGUGCUGGCAGAGCUGGAGAUGCUAACAUAACUAGUGGUAGUAGCAUUUCAGCUUAUAUCUGUAAGUUAUUUACAUUAAUAAUCAGUUUUUAAAUGCGUAGAAAUCUGAAUGCUGACACUAGCGAGGUGGUAACUAGAUUAUUGACUUGCCAAAGGUCGCUGUGCUAAUUGACAGCCUUGUGUGCUAGUACCAGUAAAAGCACAACUUAAUUUUACCAAAAGACAUCUUAAAGAGGUAUUUUAACACCUGAGUGUUUCAAAAUUUGUGCCAUGAAUCGUUGCCAAAGUACCAUCCAGAAAACCUUAACAAAAUUACGUCAAACUACAACAGAUAACUGAACAAAAGCUGCUAGCAUUAGCUUAAUUCUCCAUCCUUAAAGCUUGACACGUUGCUUUAUCCUACAGUGACGGGAUUGAUUCCAAAAUGGUGCGUCCACCAUUUAAAACGUGCUUAAAUCCAUUCAUUUUUGAGGACAUCAAGGUGAAACUGUUUUUUAUGCUUGCAGAACGUUAAGAUGUUUAAAACUAAGGAAAACAGUCCUUUGAUACGUUUUUUAAAGUCCUAAACUUGAGAAACUUUUUGACGUGUCAGCUUUACAACAUCGUCACCAAACCAGUUUAGUAAACGCUGAGUUAUAAAACCUACACUGUCAAUAGAAACUGACCUUGUAAAGAUGUAAUCAAACCUUUAAUGUGUCUUUAUUAUUUAAUCUGCUUUAAAGGCAGCGAGUAAUUCUAAUAUUUAAAUACUGUUACUACUUUCUGUUGUUUUUAGUCUGAGAAUGUUACAUUGAGCUUUUCUUUUGUGCAUUUCCUGAGAUUUUAUUACAGUAAUAAGCUUCAGCCAAAAGAAAGUUUAUAAAAUUCUAAGUAGUCGUGUUAAAAUAUGUAAAAAUAUUUGCAUGUGAAGCCUUUUGAAAGACAGUUCUGUUCCACAUGGAGGUUUUGAUUAAAUCAAAAUCUUUUGAUGCACUCUGCUGCUUUUUUAAACAUGUUUUUUGAAUUGCACAUUUGUUUAAGAAUUAUUUGUUCUUUUUUUGUUUGUUUGUUUGGUUUAAACUUCACUCAGUGCCUUAUGGGAGUCCCAGUAACUAACCAUGGUGUGUGUGGUCAUAUUAAAUGUAAAUGUGUAAAUAUAAGUUUCCUUUGUCUUUA